AUGCCCGUACUGUUAUUAUUGAAACGACCACCCCCGGCACCUCCGUUCCUCCUCACUACCACAGCCGCUUCUCUGAGACGUUCGAGCUCAUCAAUGGCUCCGUAUCCGUCCAUACUGGACCAGCUGACAACUCUGAACUUGCCUUCAAGUCGACUCUCACGCCACUGGAGCCAGGAAAAGCCUAUGACCGUACCACUAGGCGGGUACCAUCAGUUCGUAGUAGGGAAUGAGACCAGUACGUUCAAAUGUACCCUGGAGCCAGGAGAUAUUGGGUUCGAGAAUAUGUUGAAGCUACUUGAUGGGUUAAAGAGAGAUGGGGAGUUGGACAAGCUUGAGGAGGAUGAUGUUUUUCUAGCGGUGUUAAUGGACUUGACGGACGCGCACCCCCUCUGGAUGGUUGGUGAGAUAUUGAUUAAUGUGAGGAAGGAGAGGUCGGAGGCAAUUGAGCAGAUGAAGGAAGACUUACUGAAGAAGUAUGNUCUGGACUGUUGGCUGCAUCCACUCUCGCACCGCAAUCGCAACAUGAACUGGCGAGACGGGAUUUGGUUAUGGGUCUUGUGCAAGCUUGGAGUGCACGCUCCCCUGGCCGCGAGCGUCCCGGACCAAGAGGGCCGUAUCAACCAGCGACGCGUCACAUCCGUGCCACGGGUCCCUGAUCCCAGGGUCGGCUUGGCCCAAUCUCGGUCCCGCGGAGGCGCUAGUGCACCGGUCUCGUCGGCUCCACCGUCUGGCCGGUUACGAUGCCAACGUUGCGGUGGCACGCGUUCGCGGACCUACCAUUGCCGACACUUCCGCGAUCCAAUAGCGUCUCCCGCGAUAGGAGUCUGUUCUCGCCGUCGGACGGGCUGCGCAGACGCGAACACGCCGAAGGAGCGGAAUGCUGGGAGCAGUGAUACUAUGGAGCGUUCGGUCGCGGAAUUACCUGGCUGGGGCCGUGCAUAG